UGCAAGUAGGUCUCUUUGGGCGCUAAAUGGGCACUUGCUUGCUGCUGCCGUCCCAAGGUUUGACCGCAUUCUACGAAAGCAAGUCUAGCCACUUUCAGAAAGCUGAAGCCUGAGAUGCCUUCCAUGGCCCAUGGCGGACUGAGAUUCUCCUCGCAAAGCCAUAAUCUCAACGGCAAGGCCUCCAACGACGACACCAGAGAGAACUCCUUCGCCAGGAAGCAAAGGAUUGCACAACAUAGAAAGUCGCUUCCAAUCGCUUCAGUUGAGAAACGACUUGUGGAGGAAGUUUGGAAUAAUGACACACUUAUUAUUGUUGGGGAAACUGGAAGUGGAAAAACAACACAAUUACCCCAGUUUCUAUUUAAUGCGGGAUUUUGUCGUGAUGGGAAAAUUGUUGGCAUCACUCAACCUAGACGUGUCGCUGCUGUCACUGUUGCAAAACGGGUAGCAGAAGAAUGUGGUGUUGAUUUGGGCCAAAAGGUUGGGUAUUCUAUUAGAUUUGAGGAUGUGACUUGCAGUUCAACACGGAUAAAAUACAUGACAGACGGAUUGCUACUGAGGGAAGCAUUGUUAGAUCCAUAUCUCUCAAGGUACUCUGUUAUCAUUGUUGAUGAAGCUCAUGAGAGAACUGUCCACACUGAUGUGUUAUUGGGCUUGCUGAAAAAUGUACAACGUUCAAGAUCACAAUCCCUCAAUGAAUGCCCUAAUAUUGAAAAUAAGAAGGCAAGUAAGGGCCCGUUGUUGGAGAAGAAGUACGGUGCUCAAUGUCUCGGUAUUCUCAAGCAGUGUAAGGGCAGGGAAUUUCCUCCCUUGAAGUUGAUUAUAAUGUCUGCCAGCUUGGAUGCCCGUGUUUUCUCUGAAUACUUUGAUGGUGCAAGGGCCGUUCAUGUUCAAGGGAGACAAUUUCCUGUGGAUAUAUUUUAUACUGUUCAUCCUGAGCAAGAUUAUAUAGAGGCAGCCUUAAUUACUAUAUUUCAGAUUCAUCUGGAGGAGGGCCCUGGUGAUGUACUUGUAUUCUUGACUGGGCAAGAAGAGAUUGAGUCAGUUGAGAGACUUGUGCAUCAACAACAAAAGAGGUUGCCUGAAAGCCGUCAAAAGCUCUUAACCGUUCCCAUAUUUUCAUCUCUUCCUUCAGAGCAGCAAAUGCAAGCUUUUAAGUCAGCUCCAGCUGGGUUCCGUAAGGUAAUACUAGCAACAAAUAUUGCUGAGACUUCAGUGACAAUACCUGGAAUUAAGUAUGUCAUAGAUCCUGGAUUGGUAAAGGCGCGGACUUACGAUCCACGCACAGGAGUGGAAUCUUUGAUUAUUGUUAAAACCUCAAAAGCACAGGCUCUUCAAAGGAGUGGGCGUGCAGGGCGUGAAGGACCUGGGAAGUGCUUUCGUCUUUAUCCAGAAAGUGAAUUUGGGAAGCUUAAGGAUUCUACAGUACCGGAGAUCAAGCGGUGCAACCUCUCAAAUGUCAUUUUACAGCUCAAGGCUUUAGGUGUUGAUGAUAUUAUUGGGUUUGACUUCAUGGAGAAACCAGAAAGGAUGGCUAUUGUGAAAUCAUUGGCGCAAUUGUUGUUGCUAGGUGCUCUUACAGACGACUGUAAACUGGCAGACCCAGUUGGGCAUCAGAUGGCCCGAUUGCCUUUGGACCCUGUUUAUUCCAAAGCUCUCAUUCUAGCUAGUACGUUCAACUGUUUGGAAGAAAUGUUAAUUACUGUUGCUAUGCUGUCUGUAGAAUCUAUAUUUUACACUCCUCGUGAGAAGUUUGAAGAGGCACAAACUGCAAUAAAAUGCUUUUCAAGCCCAGAGGGGGAUCAUAUCACCUUGAUUAAUGUAUAUCAGGCUGCCAACGAGUUCUUGGAAAAGAGCAACAAGGGAAAUAGUAGGGAAAAAAUUGAAAAAAAUCUGCGAAAAUGGUGCAAAGAAAACUUCAUUAAUAGUCGAUCUCUGAGGCAUGCACGAGAUAUUCACAGUCAAAUCCGAGGUCACGUUGAACAAAUGGGUCUUCAUGUUGCUUCUUGUGGAGAUGACUUGCUCCAAUUCCGCAGAUGCCUUGCUGCUUCCUUCUUUCUCAAUGCUGCCUUGAAGCAGCCUGAGGGUACAUAUAGGGCUUUGGCAAGUGGUCAGGUCGUGCGGAUCCAUCCUACUUCUAUUUUAUUCCGGAAAAACCCCGAGUGCAUAAUUUUCAAUGAGCUAAUUCGAACUAGCCAUAAUUACAUCCGCAACAUAACUAGAAUUGAUCUCUUGUGGUUACCUGAGCUAGCUCCUCAAUUCUAUGCUGCACAGAAUUAGUAUUCUAGUGGUUUGAUAUGCUACUUGGGAAUGUGAAAUUGGAAUGCUUCGCUUAUAUUGUAAUCUUGACUGGGUCACACCUUUCUUUCUAUAGAAAGGGAUCUAUUCAACAUGCCUAGGGUUAGAGCUUGUGACUUGUGUGUUGCUGGUUCUAACCUUGGGAGGGGUUGAGAAAGGUAUGAGAUGGGUGAUGGGCUCUCUCCCCAUUGUGUAGCCGAAGUCAAAAGGGGAAAACUGUUCAAGUUCAAACUGUUACUGUCACUUCAAAACCUCCAAAAUUUGAUGCCACUCAUUGACAUUCUAGUUCAUCCAUGAUGCAAGCCAAUGUAUAUUUUGCUUUGCAACAGGGAAAGGGAAUUAUUGCAUUGGACAUUACUCAGCAGAAUCCCUUUGCUGCUUGUUAGGAGGAUCUUUCAUGAGGACUUGUUGGGAAGUUCAAAUAUUGGUGGUAGAAUGCAAUUCGGGUUGCAUUCAUUUGAUAUUGGUGUUAGAGAGGGAGUUCCUUGUUGAAUUCUACUAGCAUACCAUGGUUAAUUGUUAAGUGGAAAGUUGGGGCUUGAUGGCUUAAUUCUAUGCUAGUACAUAAUGAUAGGCACCGUUUCAAUCUGCCUCCUGACAGAGCUACUGCUGUUCUUAGCUGAUCAAAGUUGGUCGCAGAUUUCACUACUCUCUGAUACUUCGUUCAAAUCAUCUGCUUAUUUGAGUAGAGACUGCAACUAGCAAUACAUUUGGAUGGAGACUCUGGCAGCAUUGAGCUUUUGAAGUCUCCAAAUCACCAAAUGGGAAAGAAUAGAUAGGAGUAAGGUCGAGCUUCUCCUAAGAUGAUAUGACAUUCUUCUCUAUUGACUCUUGAGAGCAGGUUGAGGUCAGUUCCCCUAUUUGUCAUCCACCCAUGACAUGGCAGCCUCGUUGUCCUGCUACUUCUAGCAUCCUUGCUCUUUCAGCUUUCAAAAGCAGAAACCUAAAUUUGGAUGGAUUGCCUCAAUGGUACUCUGCUGUAAUAUUUUUGUUCUUAUGCGGUUUUUUUUUUUCAAAUUUUUUUGGAUGAUUCGACACCAAGUUACAAAUUUUGUACGUAAAUGUCCAUAUUAAUAUACAGAAUCGUGCUCACUGAUGAUAUUUCAAAAACAAUUUCAUGCAAUGUUAAAAUUCCUAAUGUUUUCAGCUA